CUAACAAUAUAGACUGCACAUUACUCUAAUAAUAUAGACUACAAAUUACCCUAACAAUGUAGACUUCACAUUAUCCUAACAAUAUAGACUGCACAUUACCCUAACAAUAUAGACUACACAUUACUCUAAUAAUAUAGACUGCACAUUACUCUAAUAAUGUAGACUUCACAUUACCCUAACAAUAUAGACUGCACAUUACCCUAACAAUAUAGACUGCACAUUACCCUAACAAUAUAGACUACACAUUACUCUAAUAAUAUAGACUUCACAUUACCCUAACAAUGUAGACUUCACAUUACCCUAACAAUAUAGACUGCACAUUACCCUAACAAUAUAGACUACACAUUACUCUAAUAAUGUAGACUUCACAUUACCCUAACAAUAUAGACUGCACAUUCUUAAAAAAAAGAAAAAAAAGGCACAAAGAAUAACAAGUUAGCAAACUGGUACUGGUAGUCAGAGGCAUGUGAUUGUGAAUAUCCCAAUGAAUUGAAUAAUGAAACUAAAGAUUAAAAAUCAUUAAAAAUUAAAAUACCUAAGUAUUUGUUUGACAAAGCUAAAUCGUCAUCAGUCCUAAGUUAUAAUACUAUUAGUGUUAGUAAUAGUAUUAGUACUAAUACUAAUAGUUUAUACUUUUCAUCGGCCGGAUAUGGUAUAUUUACUUAUUAGAAUGAAUUUCUUACAUGUUUAAACUUUGUUAUUUGGGAGUAAGACACUUUUAAAUAUCUCAUAUAACAUCUUAGAUUUAUUAAAUCUUGAGUGACCAAUUUCCUGGAUGAUCUGACAUUUUGAAAAGCAAGUAGUGAGGAGACUUUUGACUCAUGGAAAAUUCAAAUGUAGCUUCUGAAGUAAGUCCUAUUGUGAAGUGUGAAACAGGCUCACAGCUCUUAGCCCGAUUGAGUUUACGUCCAUCCCUUAAAAAGCUGGAGCCUGCUUUGUUUCCUGACUUGAGUGGCCAGUGUGUGGUAGAAAUCAGUGGAGGAGCAGGGGCUGGAAAGAGUGAACUAUUUUAUCAUUUGAUUGCAAAGUGUAUUUUGCCACCUUCUUGGCAAGGAACCGAGUUAGGUGGUCUGAGUGCUGGAGUAGUUUUUGUGGACACUGACCACCACUUUAACCUACUUAGACUGGUAACGGUGCUUGAAAAACGUGUGGCUUCCAAAUUAGAUUCCCCCUCGGUAGAGGAGGUGACCGUAUUCAUCAGGAAAUGUUUACAGAUGUUAACAAUCGUUCGAUGCUGGAACAGCGAACAGCUUCUGUUGACUUUGUACGGCCUAGACAGCGUGAUAGGAACCAAUGUCAGCAUUUCCUUACUGCUGCUCGACAGUGUGUCAGCCUUCUACUGGUUGGAUAGGAUGAACCUGAUGGACCAAAUGAAUGAGCUUGAUAAGUUUCAUGCCCAAUUAGUGGCUGCACUUGAGAAGCUUGUGAAUAAUUACAAAUUAGUUGUCAUGGCAACAAGACAAGUGUUGAUGAAAGAGAGGGAAACAGACGCAGUGGACGACAAGAAUAGGGAUAAACUUAGUUUUAAACGUUUUGAUUUCAUGGGUAGGAAUUGGCAGAAAUUUGUCAAAUGUAGGUUGACUUUAAAAAAGGAACAGACUGAAGAGGUGGGCCAGACAAAAAUUACUAUAUGUAAAUUUGAUUCAGUUACACAAAGUAUAGAAUGUUUGAUAACAGAAAACGGAAUGAUGUUCUUAACUUAAGAGCUAAAAAUAUAAAGUAAAUAAGUGUUUUUUUAAAUAUAUGUAUAGUUUGAACUAACAAAAACAGAUCCUUUUAUUUUAUAAAUAGUGGUCAUUUAUGAAAACCUAAUGAAUAUUUAUUGAUAGAUGUAAUUAAAAACUCAAUUCUACAGGCUGAAA